UUCCCCUCUGGCAAUUUUAGCAUGAAGGCUUAUGAUCUGUCCUGUGCUUAGGCCUUUUUCUCGUUUUUGAAACCACUGUUCUCAAUAAACAUUGGCGCUUUGGACGUUAAGGCACUCUAAUAAUCUGUGACAUUAGCUAGACUUGUUGCCUGCCUUUAGUGCACCUUUAUUCAUAGCCCUUAAAAAAGGAAAGUUGCAGAGGUUUUGAAGGCAGCUUUAUGAGGAUGAAAUGCUAAUGUUCGAGCGGAAAAGUAAAAAAUGUAUCCCCACUGUGUUCAACUUGUCAAUCAACUUGUCGAUGCCUGCUGUCCACCCCUCCCUCCUUCCCCAAACAUUUUGUUUCUUUUCACUUUUACAUAAAACUAUGCCACUGAAAUUGUGAAGUGAUGCACUCAUGAUUGAUUUCAAACGACGUGUAAUUUCAGCAAAGGGUGUUGAUCUUUUGGCACUGAUAUGGACAACCACACCGUGGACUCUGCCAGCAAACCAGGCCAUCUGCUUCUCACCGAAUCAUCAGUACAGCAUUGUUCGAAUGAGCAACACUCGGAGACACUUGCUCGUGGCUUCGGACCUGAUCUCUCACCUUCAGGAAAAACUCAAAGAAGAUUUGGAGGUUGUAGCUACUUUCGCAGGAAGCGACGUGUUAUCCGACGCCACGUAUGCACACCCUCUCUAUCCUGACAAGGAGCUGAGGUUUUUGCCGGGAGACUUUGUAACCAUGGAUAAAGGCACGGGAUUGGUCCAUUCGGCUCCCAGCCAUGGCUUUGAGGAUUACCAGAAUGCCCUGAAGCACGGUAUAGCUAUGGAGGACUGUCUUGUGGACGAGGAGGGACGUUUCGCAUCAAGCUGCAGGCCAGAGCUGCGCGGUCUUCCAGUGCUGACCGAGGGCGCCGAGGCCGUCACAAAGCUGCUGGCCAAUCACGUCAUCCGAACUGGCAGCUACACCCACAGUUAUCCCUACGACUGGCGCAGCAAACAGCCCGUCAUCGUCAGGUCUUCUCGGCAGUGGUUUAUCAACCUCGACGAUGACAUGAGGCAGCGGGCACUGGGCUGCCUCAAACGAGUGCAGAUUUUGCCGGAAUCGGCGCGCACCAUGUUUGAGAACCAGUUGGCGCAGCGACCCCACUGGUGCAUUUCCAGGCAACGGUACUGGGGCGUCCCAAUACCGGUGGUUUUUCAGGAUGAAAGGUCACUCACUUCAAGAGAAUUCGUCGGACACGUCUGCAAGCUUAUGAACGCAAGAGGACCGGAUGUGUGGUGGACAGCCACUGACAAGGAGCUUUUGCCUGAUGAAGUGCGCAAACAGCUUGGAGUUGGUAAGGAUGCGGCUUUAACACGAGGCCAAGACAUUAUGGACAUCUGGCUCGAUAGCGGGCUCAGCUGGAAAAUGGUUCUUCCAGAACCUUGCCAAGCAGACGUCUACCUGGAAGGCCUCGACCAGGUUCGAGGUUGGUUCCAGUCUUCGCUACUCACGAGUGUCGCACUGACGGGCAAAGCACCUUACAGGAAACUGUACAUGCAUGGCUUCACACUGGAUGCUGAGGGCCGCAAGAUGUCCAAGUCGUUGGGGAACGUCAUUGACCCCGAGACGAUAACAAAGGGUGGAAAGGACCUCAAAAAGGACCCUGCCUUUGGAGUCGACGUGCUUCGGUGGUGGGUCGCCGCCCACACAAGCAACCACGAAAAUGUUCCUGUAGCCAAGCACGUCCUGGCAGAGUGCCAAGAAAACGUUGCAAAGCUCCGGGGCACGCUGAGGUUCUGCCUUGGAGCACUCUCCGACUUCGAUUACUCGCAUCACGUUUUGCCGUACGAAGAGAUGCUCCCGUUAGACCGGUUCAUGCUCCACCUUCUGCGAGGAUUUCAUGAUCGGGUCACAUCCCUGUAUGAUGAAAUGAGGUACAACCAUGCCUGUUCUGCUGUGCUGAACUUCGUUGUAAAUGAAGCGUCAUCUUUCUACUUCCAAGCUGUGAAGGACAGGCUCUACUGCGACGCGGAGAACUCCGCGAAUCGGAGGUCCUGCCAGACGGCUUUGAGUCAUGUGCUAGACGUGCUGGUGAAGCUUACCGCUCCGGUAGUUCCGCACCUUGCAGAAGAAGUCUUCUACCACCAUGCAGACCCUGGCAAGUACGACACUGGUGUUUUCCGGCGUAUGUG